GACAGUGCCUGAGUUUUACAUUGUUUCUACAGAAACAUUAACUCAACUCCGGGGCUGCGGCGGGUUCACCCGCCGCCGCCAUUAUCAGGGCCGCGCCCCGCCCGCAGAACCACAGCUCCCGGCGGUCCCUGCGCCGCCGCGCGCUGAGAAGAUGGCGGCCGCCACUGGGCGUGGGGUGGGAGCGGCGCCGACGGGAUACACGGGUGAGGGGCAGCGCGGAGCUCCGGGAGCGGCGCCGGCGGGAUACACGGGUGAGGGGCAGCGCGGAGCUCCGGGAGCGGCGCCGGCGGGAUACACGGGUGAGGGGCAGCGCGGAGCUCCGGGAGCGGCGCCGGCGGGAUACACGGCUCUGGCGGUGAAGUUCGCGGAGCGGCAGCGCUCGCCCCACUGCCUGUUGGUGAAGGAGCACCAGGUGCGGGAAGGAACCGACACCGCGCACCCCCCUCGCCGCACGCUCUUCGUCCUCAACGUGCCCCCGUACUGCGGCCCGGACUCUCUGUCUAGGCUGUUCUCUCGCUGUGGGCAUGUGCAGUCUGUCGACAUCUGUGACAAGCGAGGGUCAGGAGAGAAAAAAGAUAAACUGACAUCCAAAUUCUUCGACCACAAAACUCUAAAGGGAUUUCAAGUAGCAUACGUGGUGUUCAGGAAACCAGCAGCUGUCCAGGCAGUCAAGGCUCUGUCACAGGAAGGUCCCUUGCUAAUAUCAACAGAGAGCCACCCUGUGAAAACUGGCAUUAGCAAGUGGAUCGCCAGCUAUGAAGCCUCCAUCGUGGAUCCAAAGGAGCUGAAGGCUGAGGUGGAUGCCUACAUGCAAGACUAUGAUAAAAAGAUGGCAGAGGAAGAAGCCAAAGCAGCCAAGGAGGAGGGUGUUCCAGAUGAGGAAGGCUGGGUGAAGGUGACCCGGAAAGGCCGUAAGCCUGGCCUGCCCCGGACAGAGGCUGCCAACCUGCGUGUGCUGGAGAAGGAGAAACAGAAAAGGGCCCGCAAAGAGCUGCUGAACUUCUAUGCCUGGCAGCAUCGUGAGGCCAAGAGAGAGCACAUUGCCCAGUUGAGGAAGAAAUUUGAGGAAGACAAGCAGAGGAUUGCACUGAUGCGAGCCCAGCGAAAGUUUCGGCCAUACUAGGCUGUGCUGAGCUGUUCGUCAGGUGUCUGUGCUGGAGAGGGUAAGAGAGAUGCCCACCGACUCCAUUUGCAAAAGGAUUUUGAGGAACUGAGGCGGCUUUGCAUUCUCUCUAUCCUUGGAUCUGAGAUGGAAGAUCCCAGCAACUGCUAUUGUAGGAGAGUUCCCUUUACUUGCACCAGUAUCCUCCUGCUCUUCUGUCAUUCAGCCCCAUGGCACCACUUCUCAGGGUGCUCAGGUCAAAGGGCUGAGGCACAUCCUGUGACAAUCUGUAUCUCCCUGCCACCCAAAAACACACUUCCUAAAGCUUGGUGAGAGCUGGGAUUGACCUAGCACAGCCACUGCAGGGGCAGGGAAUGGCUGAAGAAUUGUAAAUAAAUUGCUACUACUGUUUUCAGAA